AAGGUGGUGGAGGGAGGAGGUUGAGGGUGCGGGGGGUUGCGGAAACAUGUGGAAGUGAGGGAUGAUCGUGUGCGCGUGCACGUGAGCUUGAUGUUCUAACUUUUCCCCCUUAUUGAUAAAUGAUGAUGAUGGUGAUGAUAGCGCCCACGCGCAGGUUGGGGCGAUCUGUGCGCGCGCGAAUGUUUGCUAAGCGUUUCGAUACACACAGACACACAUACAGACAUAUAUAUAUACACACACACACACACACACACACACACGCCUACAGGUGCGUGCAUGUUUCUUUUUGUAUGCACAAGUCCCGGUCACAGAUGUUGUCGCCGUACCUAUUUACCCAAAAUUCAAUUUCACGCGGUGUGGCGUGGAUUGUUUUAAGCACGCAGGGAACAGGGGGAUGGAGCGCGAGCUGCAUGGGAGACAAAUGUCCAGCGUCAAAACCUCUUCUUCUCUGGACACUUUAUAAUUACGCAGACGCGCACGCACACUCGCACGCGCCAGCUGAUCCUCCUCUCGAGGAGGAAGCGCAGGAGACAUGAGUGAAACAACAAAGAGAGAUAGAGGAAGAGGACAGAUAGAGAGGAACUCGCGUUGCUCCGAGCUGGGGGACUGCGUGGGGUGUGGUGACGAGGUCUAACACCAGGAGGACAAACUUUGUCUCCUUCUCUCUCGUUUUUUUUUCUCGCCCUCGGUCUUGUUCUCAGCGUUUCACACAUACACACACUGGGCAUAUUUCCAUUCGCGGUGGGUUCAGGUACUCCCUGAAACUUCACCAUUCCAUCGCUUCAUCAGAAACAGAGCUAUUUCAAGUUUUAGUUCCUUUCCAUCCUUAGUUGGAGAUAAAUAUACAACUGCUAGAUUCGUUUGAGAAGUGAACAGAUAAACGUUUUGUUGUGUCUGCCUGAACUAGAAAAGCAUACAUAGCGUGGUCUUAUUUUUUUCAAAGGGAAACGUUUUUUUUGUUUGUUUGUUUUUUUACAUAUAUGUUUUAUAACAAUUGGGGAUUCUGGUUUAAAUAAAGACUUAAAAAAUAAUUAUUAAUUCGCAUAAUAUCCAACAGGUGUUUAACAAACACAUUGUAGGCUUUUAUUUUGUUUAUUUCGUCGGUUUGUUUCUGAGCUACGACAUUUCCGACUACCCCUGAAGGCAGCAUGAGGGAAACGAUAGGAGACGAGAAACACGCAGAGAGAAACAGAAAGAGGAGAGUGACAGAGAAGAACCUGUGCUCUUCUACAGCACCGGGAGAUAGGAAUUCACCAGAGAUCACAAUUUCUUGUCCCGAUUUUUUUUUUUUUUCUUUUUUGACAAACUUAGUUCGGGUUUCCUCUCCUCUUUUUGUUGCUGUCAGUGUGCAAAAUACAGUGGAGUCCCUAUCUCUGUGUCUCUGUGUUCGUGUAUCUCUACUGGAUCUUCACUUCUGAAGCUGUGUACAGUUUUGGUUUUGGAGAACUGCACCGGUUUGUUUUUUCCUGCGAGGUUUUUUUGAGCCGAGUGCUGCUUUAACUGGUCCUGUGGUGGAAAUUUCACUGUGACACAUGUGUGGAAAUACACAAUACACUAGAACUAAGGCUAACGGAACCAGAACAAGGAGUACAAAAAGUGUUGUGGAUCAGCAGAACCCGAGAAAAAUCCCCUUAAUCGACAAUGGCCAUGAGGACCUGAAAAAGAAACUGAUAUGUUGAGUUUUUACUUGAGCAGUGAGGUACACAGUUCAUUGACUUUAUUAGUAUCUUGAGAUCUGAGUGUGGCGUUUUAGCUGACAGGACUGAUACAGAUAUACAUCCCUAGAUGUACUUCUCUAGAUAGCAGUGAUUUCCAAUGUUUCUGAACCUGUGAACAACCAGGUACAAAAGGGGGUUUCAUCCAUACCAUGAAUCCUAGAGACAGUGUAGAGGUGAUGGAGACGCAGGAGAAGCUGACUGGCAAAAAAGCCAACACUGAAAAGGAGUUUGAAGGUGAGGAUGACAAAAUCCCAGAGGCAUACAACUGCAACAUCUGUGGACGCAGCUUCCCUUUCCUCAGCUCGUUCUCGCAGCACAUGAGACGCCACACGGGCGCACGCCCUUAUAAAUGUCCCUACUGCGACCACAGGGCAUCUCAGAAGGGCAACCUCAAAGUCCAUAUCCGCAGCCACAAACUGGGCACGCUGUCCAGCCACCACUCUAAUGAGGACGAAGAGGGCGGAGCAGAGGAGGAGGAGAUGAAGGUUUCCGAGGGUCUGGACGGAGGCACCAGUCCAACUAAGAGCAGCUCUGCCUGCAACAAGAUGGUCAACGGGGAUGUCGGAGAGGAGAGUCGAAGGAAAAUGCCUGCACGGAGCAUGAAAAGAGAAAAGUCUGUCAGCAACCAGCGGCCGUAUUGUUGCCGCCUUUGUGGGUACGAGGCCCUGCGGGAAGACCAGCUCCUGAGCCACAUUGAGAAAGUCCACAUAACAGCAGACGCAGAAGAGGACACGGUCACGGUUAAGGAAGAGGUCAUUACCGAGCCUGAUACCGUCCAGCCGCAAAGCGAUGGGACGUUCCCCUGCGAGACGUGUGGCCAGGUGUUCAGCCAGGCCUGGUUUCUGAAGUCACACAUGAAGAAACACGCUGGAAUCCUUGACCACUGCUGCCGAAUAUGUGGAAGAAGGUUCCGCGAAGCCUGGUUUCUCAAGUCUCAUAUGAAAACCCACAAUACCAGGUCCAGGUCUCGCUCUAAAGCAGAUUCGGCAGAGCCUCCCACCACUAUAAAUGACGUAGCACAGGAUCCCGACAUAACGACAACUUCUGUUACAUCUGUCUAUCAGAUGUGCUCGAAAUGCGGAAACCUUUUCCACAGCAAAGAAAGCCUGAGAGCCCACGAUAAAGUUCACAGUCCUAAUUGUGGCAGAAAAUCCCCAGUUCACUGCAGGUCUACUGAUGAUGAGGAUUCACCAGCUGCGAAGAGACGUCUCCUGGAAUACUUUAACCUACAAUGCGUUGAGGGAAAGACGCCGGGUGAAGAAGAGGACAGAGAGAAAAGGACUCUUGGUCAAAGGAUUCCAGAAUUAGAUCCAGUUUGCAGCUACCAGGCUUGGCAAUUAGCCACUAAAGGAAGAGUUGUGGAGCCAGUGGAGCCAAGUUACAAAGCUUCAUAUAGCGGAGGGAGCAUGGAGGACGAAGCCCUUACCGAUGCCGCAGUGGUUUAUGAGAAGGAGAACAGCCGUUAUGUCUUGCAAGGCCAAGAAAAACGCAGCUCAGGGAGACGCAGCAGCUCAGGGUUGGGAAGCCACACAUCUUCAGGCGACAGGACACCGGAGAGCCUCAGCGACUCAGAGUACCGCCCCUCAAGUCGACAGGACAAACGGCGACCGUCCCAGUCUUCUUCCAAAGGCAAAGAGUGCUUCGAGUGUGGCAAGAUGUUCCGCAGCCGCCAUCAGAUGAUCGUUCACCAGCGGGUUCAUAGGAAGGAUGGCGGCAGGGCACCAGCGGGAGACAAGGAAAGAACUGGAAGGGACGAUCAGUGGGGACCCACCAGUGACCCGGAGUCCGGUUCCCCAAGCAGACCCAGCACCCCAGGGUAUGGAGAUUCUCCACCUGCGUCGACGCUUGGAGAUCAGGCUUCCGAGAUGGGAACCUCAAACUCUGGGGAAAUUGCAGAUGAAAAGCCAUAUAUCUGCAGCCUUUGUGACUUUGUCACCGCAGAGUCACAGGCCUACUUCACCCAUGUUCGUGUCCAACACCAGGCUGCCUCCAAAGACAGACCCAGCCCUGUCCCCAGUCCCAGCUCCAGCUCAGACAGAGGGUUCCUCAGCAGUUAUCCCAAACUUAAGAAAGCUUUUACUCCAGGGCUAAAAACCUCUCCGAAUGCUUAUCUCUCUGCUCGUCCUUCUUCAUCUGAUCCCACCAUGAUCCCGAUGGAUUUAUGUGUGAGAGCCAAUGGGAUCAGGGGCGUAGCCUCUAUAACUUUAGAUAAAAAGAACCUCCCAAGCCAUAAGUGCUCCUUCUGCUCUCACUCCACCCGCUACCCAGAGGUGCUCUGGAUGCAUCAGACAGUGGCUCACCGCAUCAACAGCAGUAGCUCCAAUCUGGCUCCGAAAUGGGCUGUUAAGAACAACUCUAAGACCUCCAGGGACAACUCUUCGUCCUCAAAGAGACGCACCGGGCCUCCACCUGUACUGGAAGGGAAGGAAUGUCAGCCGCUCCCUCCGACGGUGCGGAGCCAGCGGACGCGGCCUCCUACCUGCACCAGUGAGGUUGUAAAAAAGAGCAGGCCGGUCAGUCACGCAGUCACCCCGUCAUCAUCUUCUACGCCUUGUACGCCAUCCUCAAGAAUCUCUUCAUCAGCAUCAGGCAAGCAGGUUGGGAGAGUCCCCGUUCGGCCAGUCAGCAGCAGCAGCACCAGUAAACGUAUGGAGGACCAAAGUCAGCGCUUCAGACCCAAGGCGGAAAUCUAUCCCCGUGUCAGCACUCAGGCACCUUCUGGCUCUUCGGAGAAGAACACCGGGAGCCGUUCUCGACUGCCUGCAUCAGGCCUCAGCUCUUCCGCAGCAGCCAGGAUGGCAGACCGCUACAUGAUGCCUCAGGAGGGUCUGGGCUUCAUGCUGACCAACCAACACAGCCUCUCGGAGUACAGCCGAGCCCGGGGCUCCUCUCAUCAACCGCUCCCCAGUUCCCAAAUCCACAGUCGGCCAAACCCUUCAAGACCCAACGCCAUUAACCACUGUUUGCCCACAACGCACAGCUACGGCAUCUCCCAGACACAGGGAGCCGUGGCGCAGGCCUCUUCCUCCCCCUCAUCGUCAUCGAUACCGUCAGAGAGCCGUAGGGAUGUGAAGCAAGAGCCGAUUGGAGAGACACCAGACAUGUCAACCGAGGUCCUGGGCUACCUUAAGAAAUACAACCCGCACGAUCUGGCUCCUUUCUAUCACCACUGGGGUGCGGCCAACUCUCUGAUGGACCCCACAGGCAUGCUGAGGUCUCUGAUGCGGCCGGGCCAGUGCUUCUGCCGCGAGUGCGGGAAGAGCUUCAGCCAGCCGAGCCACCUGCGCACGCACAUGAGGUCCCACACAGGGGAAAGGCCAUUCUGCUGCCAGCUCUGCCCAUACCGAGCAUCUCAGAAAGGGAACCUAAAGACGCACGUGCAGAGCGUCCACCACAUGCCUUUCGACAACAGCCAGUACCCCGACGCGAGGAGCUCGUCCCUGGGCCAGGAGGAGCGGAAACCAGCGGCUGCCAAACACGUACCAAAUCUGCAGUGACGCCGACGACAGACCUUACUGUGAUUAACUGGACCGCAGCCUCGGCACAGACGACUCCUGAAACCCAAAAUCUGAACCUAGACUCUGGAUUAACUCGUGAUUCUGGAGGAAUGAAGGUUCUUUUAGGAUUUCUUAAUGUUUUUUUUUUUUUCUUUUGUGAAAAGGCCUGCCAAGAUAUCUAAAAUUAUGUAAAAAAAAACAACAAAACAACAACAACAAACAAACACGAAUCAGAAAAGAAUUUUGACGACGACAUGAAAAGACGUACAAGCUGACUGUGAGAAAAUGAAGAUUGAAAAAUCUUAAGUGUCUUCUCAGCUGGACUCGACAAAUUUUAAAUCCUUUGCAUCGUUUUGGUCAUCUUUUGGACAUGAAUGCUUGUGUCAUUUUAAGGAUUUCUGAAUCUUUUUUUUUGUUGUUGUUGCUGUCAGAUCCCUCUCUUGCUUUCGUGUUGGAGUCAAGUUACUGUAAAGAUGGAAAAAGUCAACUCAGACGGAGCUGGUUUAAUCAGAAACAGUGGAAGUACUUGAGGGCCAGAGUUGUCCCUCAAACGCUCGCUUUUUGGCUUCAUUGUAUGCGAGUAUGGACCAAUCGACAGCAGAAGAGGACGCCCUCGGGACUUGAAUUCAAAGGAGGACAAAUUACAAUCCGCUCACCUACAACUUCUUCACUGCAGGAAGCUGAGGAGCGCAAGUCGCCGCAUAGAAGAUGCAUUCAGGGGCGGGAUAAGAAAGGAAGAAAGAGAGAACGCUAAAGGUGACGUGUGCUUAAGUGCUCAUUAAGAAAAAAAGAAGUAAAGAUGUGUUUUUAAAUAGCCAAUAUAAAUGAGCAUCCCAUUUUUAAGGUCAUUCAUUUAUUGUCCAUUUAAAACGAAGAGUUUUCCUUUAUAACCUGUUCAUAAAAAAUUUCUGGCUCUAAAUUAGACCGAGGCUUCAGCGUAAAGAGUAGCCGGGAGGAGUUGGCUCCAGAUUUUAUUGCAAUGUGUGUACUUGGGGAAAAAAAAAAAACUCUCCUUUUCUGCAUAUUGAUCUGCAAAACGACCUGCGUGAUGACAUCAUGGUCAUAAUCUAGUUAUGCUGGUUUUUAAAACAAAUCACACUUUCAUCUGAUGAUUUGUGCCAUCAGUUUGGAGAAACGCAGCGUUGAUUAAUCUGCUGGUUAUGAAUAAGACCGGACAUAACCUGUUUGGUUAUACUGGGAAGGUGACAAGUAGUGACAAUAUGUGAGCUUGUGUCAAAAGUUUAAAAAAAAUGGACAGAAUAUAUCUGAUACGGGAGAAGAGCAAUCUAAAAACAAACCAUCAGUGAAAGGUUUAAGUUUCUAUGGUAAAACUAUUAAAGUUCAAUCAGUCAAUGUUGGUUAUUCCAGGAAACAUGGUAUUUCUGUUGUAACGGUUAAACUAGAGAUGCACCAAUUAGUGAAAAGAUGCAUUUGAAAUUUUCAAUUUACAUACUUUUAUACAUACAUUCAAAAUGUUUUUACCCUUCCUGGCCGGAGCAAUUAUCGAUUACUCAAAUAAGGAAGAGGGUGAAAAUUUACCCUCUUUCAAAACCUUUAAGCGCUCACUGAUACUGAACCUAGCCUACUUUGAAACUUCUUCCUUACUUCCACACCAAAGAGUGUUGUUGUUACAUCACAUAACGAAAAUGUAAGAUUUUCCUACAAGCUGAUGAAUGAUGUCAUUCAGUGCAUCUCUACGGCAGAUACAACUCAGUACCAUUCAACCCCUACAUAAGCUGUGUUUUGUUCAAUUUUACUUUCAACCGUGCCUCAUUUGCGCAAUAUUAAAAAAUAUAUAUUUUUUUUAGCUAAUGUCAACAUGAGAAACGAGCACUUGUAUAAACAUGCCAAUCCGUAACCACAUGUUGAAGAUUUGAAGAGAGCCACUCUCCAAUGCUGUCGGUCCAGUUCUGUGAAUGAUGAUGUCUAGAUCUGUAUUCUGCUGAUAGCAGUCAGAGGUCAGGAGAUGAGAUUUCUUGGGACUUUGGGGAUAUAUACAUCAGGAGUUGGUGAGGGGGGAGGCUUAUUCUGAAGCCCUCGGAGACAUGGAGCUGUCACAGCCUUAACGGGGGUUAGUGUGGGGUUUAGAUCGUCCCCUUUCCAAACCUUCUAUUAUCUGCAUCUCCGUCUCGAUGUUCUAUAUACUAUCCUACCUCCUUCGCAAUGAAAGCCUGUUAAAAGUUUAUCGCAAUGAAAGCUGAACUCAUUAGCUCUGCUCGCUUCUCACCCUUAAAACAACAA